AUGGAAAUCGAUAAUCUUCGUGAAAAAAUUCGAGAGAUUAAAUCAAAUAAUGAAGUCGUUACGAAAAAAUCUAACGAAAAACAAGAAUUAAAUAAUGAAUUAAGGGAUUAUAUUGAAAAGAUCAAAUCAUCGUUAUUUCGAUUAGAAAAAGAAAUUGGACCUACCGUGAUGUCUUCUACCGUUAAAUUGGACGAUACCGAAAAUAUGGAUAUUUAUGUUAACGAAUUUAGAAAAAGAAUUAUGGACGAUAUCGUGGAUUUGAUUGGAUUGGCGUCAAUUUUGUCAUUUAUGGGAGGAGAUCUAAAUAAAUUCGCUUCAAAAUCACCAAUUCCAACAAAAAAAGUAAUAGAUUCUUCGUUAUUUUCAAAGUAUCAAAGAAGAGUACAAAAUUUAGGUUUAGCAAAAUAUUUAUCACCUUAUUCAAGAACUUACCAUGUUGGUAGUAUAAUUUUAACCGUAGCUGCUGGAGCGUACAUCGUGUUAUAUGCCGACUUUAAACAAGAUCAUCAUUGUUUUGUGCCUGUACGAAGUUGGUAUCAUCGUAAAAUUAGUGAAUUCUGGACACUUAGCGAUAAAGAGAAACAAGAUUUAAGAGAACAAGGAAAAUUAUGA